AUGGAGAAAUAUAGGGCGAAGAAGCGGGAUCUACAUAUGAUGUUCAUUGAUCUUGAAAAGGCAUACGAUAGUGUGCCUCGUAGACUGAUUUGGGAUGGGUUAGAGAGUAUAGGGGUUCCCGGGAAGUAUAUAGACUUAAUUAGGGAUAUGUAUGUUAAGACUAAGAUCACCAUUGGGGGUCAUGUGGUUCCACAGGAGGUUUCGAACAAAUUAAAGGGGAAAUUUUAUAGGGUAGCAGUUAGACCUGAUGUGUUAUAUGGGACCAACUGUUGGGCCAUCAAGAAAACGCAUGCGCGAAGGAUGGAGGUAGCUGAGAUGAGGAUGCUAAGGUGGACGUGCGGGCACACACAGUUUGACCGAAUAAGAAAUGUGAUUUUUAGGGAGAGGAUUGAAGUAGCUAGUUUGUCUAAUAAGAUAAGUGAGGGGAGAUUGAGAUGGUUUGGGCAUGUGAAGAGGAGGCAAACGACUGAGCUAGUUAGAGUGGUAAAAACCCUCACCGUGAAGGGGAGGAGGAGUAGGGGCAGACCCAAAUUAACUUGGGACGAGCAGAUUAGGCAAGAUUUAAUAGGGUUGCUCCUCUCCGAGGACAUGGUCCAUGAUAGGAGUUCGUGGAGUCGUAGUAUUAAGAUAAAGGAUUUUUAG